AAAACUGUAGUAUUUUGUAUGAAUCGGCCAAAAAAGUUUUUGGAUUUCUGUAUUAUAAUUUGACAUUGGUCACACGCCAUUUUCAAAAGGUAGUCGCGCACCCCAAGAGAGAGCCGCAGCCCGUCGUCGUCGGUCGAAGAACAGUUUUGCGGACAUCACGCAGUAGAGAAGGCACCCGAAGUGAAGGCAAAGUGCAAAAGAAUCGUCUCUGAAAAGAAACCUUUCUCUGCUGGUCCCAUUUUUUUUUCUUCUCCGUUCGGAACCGUUUUUUCUUUCUUCCGGAGGUAAUUUUCCACAUCGUUCGGAGUGGGGUUUGUCGGUUUGACUAGUCGCGCGGCGGAACCGAUUACGUGGGUGGUUGACGCGGGGCGGAUUGGCCGACUCCGGAGUUGGCCAAGAUGCAGAAUGCGGAACAGUCCUCCGGCAGCAGCAGCCUAGUGAAGAACCGGGGGUCAAACCAGCAGCAGCAGCAGGCGACGAGGGGGGCAAGUGGGGUAAAAAAGGUGAAUCAAUCGAAUAAUUCGAAGGCCCUGCAAAAGCAGCCUACUUCGACGUCGACGUCGUCAUCCAAUAAUCAUCAUCAGUGUGGUAGUGUAGUAACUAGUGUUAGUGGCAGCAGCAGCUGCAGUGGUGUUGGUAAUAACGGAGUCUCAGUAGGCACUGGGAACCCGUCGAAUCCGAAACAGCAGCAGCAAAAUAAUUUGUGUCGUGUUCAGCAACCGGAAGUUGCAACAGCAACGACGGCAGCUUCACCUCCCGCCGCCGGAAGUGGUCCUAGCAAUGCUAAAACAAUGUCCACUUCGGCGACCAGCAACAACAACAACUCCACCACCUCCGCCAACAAUUCCGGAACAUCCGGUGGGAGCGGUGGAGGAACGAGACAGCAGCAGCAGUCCAGCGGCCACUCGUCCCCGGCCAAGUCCGACACGGAGACGACGUUCUCCGAGUUCCAGCCCCGCGUGUCGGACUCGUCGGAAUCGGACGAGGAAUCGGUGUCGGAGGUUGACUCAUUCCCCCUAGAUCAGCAAUCGAUCGAAAUUCCAGAAACGGAGUGUUCGGAUAGCUGCGAGAACGACGUCGACAUGGAUGAGUCGGACAGUUGCGACAACGACGCCGACGACAAUGAGGAUUCCGAAGACGACGAGGAGGACGACGACGACAUCCACAGCAGCACGGUCGUCGCGGGCAAGUUCCUGCUGGACAACGACGAGGAGCUGGAGCACGAAGGUGGGGGCGGCGGAGGUGGCGGUGGUGGUGGAGGCGGCGGGACCGGUUCCCACGACAAAAAGGCCCGCCUCGAAGCCCUGCUGGAAGCGGCAGACGAAGCAGCACAAGCCCUCACCCGCAUGCGAUCUAGUGAAGGCGGUGGCAGCCCGCGAGAUAAGAAAAAUGCUCUUCGUAAUUUCAGCUUGCUCUCGCGCUCGCUGCUGGCGGCCUGCACCGACAACGACGUCAACACCGUCCGGCGGCUCCUCGGCGAGGGCAACUCGCUGAACGAGGCCACCGACGACGGGGACUCGCUGCUGUCGCUGGCCUGCUCCGCCGGCUACUACGAGUUGGCCCAGGUUCUGCUGGCGAUGUCGGCGCAGGUCGAAGACCGCGGCCAGAAGAACGACUGCACGCCCCUCAUGGAAGCGGCCUCGGCCGGCCACGUGGACAUCAUUGCGCUGCUGUUGAAGCACGAUGCCGACGUGAACGCCCAGUCGUCCACUGGAAACACCCCGCUGAUGUACGCGUGCGCCGGCGGUCACGAGGACGCGGUCCGGCUGCUGCUGGAGCGCGGCGCCAACGUCGAGGACCACAACGAGAACGGGCACACGCCGCUGAUGGAGGCGGCGUCGGCCGGCCAUGUCGGAGUGGCCAAGAUUCUCCUGGAGCACGGUGCCGGCAUCAACACGCACUCGAACGAGUUCAAGGAAAGUGCGCUCACGCUGGCCUGCUACAAGGGCCACCUGGACAUGGUGCGGUACCUGCUGGAGGCGGGCGCCGACCAGGAGCACAAAACCGACGAGAUGCACACGGCCCUGAUGGAGGCGUCCAUGGACGGUCACGUCGAGGUGGCGCGGCUCCUGCUCGAUUCCGGCGCCCAGGUCAACAUGCCGACCGAUUCGUUCGAGUCGCCGCUGACGCUGGCCGCGUGCGGUGGCCACGUCGACCUGGCGAUGCUGCUGAUCGAGCGCGGCGCCAACAUCGAGGAGGUCAACGACGAGGGGUACACGCCGCUGAUGGAGGCGGCCCGCGAGGGACACGAGGAGAUGGUGGCGUUACUAUUACAACAAGGUGCAAAUAUUAACGCCCAAACCGAGGAAACGCAGGAGACGGCCCUGACGCUGGCCUGCUGCGGCGGCUUCGUCGAGGUCGCGGACUACCUGAUCAAGCACGGUGCCGACAUCGAGCUGGGUGCGUCCACGCCGCUGAUGGAGGCCGCCCAGGAGGGUCACAUCGAUCUGGUGCGGUUCCUGUUGGAGAAUCGGGCCGAUGUCCACGCGCAAACCCAAACCGGCGACACGGCACUGACGUACGCGUGCGAGAACGGUCACACCGAGGUGGCGGACAUUCUGCUGUACUACGGUGCGGAGUUGGAGCACGAGUCGGAAGGGGGCCGAACUCCGCUGAUGAAGGCAUGCCGCGCCGGUCACUGGUGCAUCGUCAAGUUCCUCAUCGAGAAGGGCGCCGACGUGAAUCGGCACACGACCAACAAUGACCACACCCCGCUGUCACUGGCCUGUGCCGGUGGCCAUCAGAACAUCGUGGAACUCCUGCUGAAAAACGGUGCCGACCCGUUCCACAAGCUCAAGGACAACAGCACGAUGCUGAUUGAGGCGGCCAAGGGUGGCCACAUUGGCGUCGUUCAGCUUCUGCUCGAUUUCCCGCACUCGUUGAUCAGUGCCAACACGGCCGCCCAGCAGAACCUCCUGAACAACGGUCAGAUCCAGCUCCAGCAAGCGCAGCAGCAACUCCAACAACAACAAGCUGCCGCAGCUGCAGCCGCGGCCGCCGCUGCCCAACAACAACAGCAGCAGCAGCUCAUCAUCACCCAAAACCAGCAACAACAGCAGCAGCAACAACAACUGCUUGCCGCACCACCCGGCCUUCACGAAGUCCCGGAAAUGAAUCGAGUCUCCAACAAGCAAAUGUUCCAACAACACCCCUCUGCCAAGGAUGGUGGCGUACUCGACCAGCAACAGCAGCAGCAGCAACAACAAUUGCUCGCCAACAACCAAAUGCUGGUCGCCGCCAACCCGAAUGUGUUCCUCGAUGGCAACAUCGCGUCGGCCGACCCCUCAAUACUCGCCCAGAUGCGACUGAUCCAGAUGCAGGGCUUCAAGGACGGUCUCGCCCACGGCCUGUCCCGAGCGCCCGGCAACAACAACAACACCAACCAGCAACAACAACAGCAUCAAGUCCUUUCCCAGCAAAUCCCAACCCACUUGGUCGCUGCCCAGCAACAACAACAGCAGGUCAUCGCCAACAACGCCGCCAUUCUCCAGCAGCAGCAGCAGCAGCAGCAACAACAACAAGCAGCUGCUGCCGCCGCCGCCGCCGGAAUUGGCAACAAACAGCGAAGUCUGCUGCGUAAAAAGCAACAACCGGCUGCGACCGCCGUAGCUCAGGCUCAGCAGAACCAGCAACAACUGUCGCCGUUCGAGCCGAAUCUAACCAGUUCGGAAGCGCAGCAAGUGCGCAGCGAACCCAUCGGCGAGGACAACGGAGGACAGCAGCAGCGGGUUAUGCGAUCCAACUACGAGGCGCAGUACCAGAAGCAGAUGCAGGAAAUGUACCAGAAGAAGGCCAACAUCCAGUUUAUUUGUGAUUCGAACGGUCCGCCGCCGACGCUGUUACCGCCCACGGGAACCUACAUCGAUAUUACGACGCCAGCUCAAGGACUGAUUUGUGGCACCGCCGGGGCCAGUUUCACCACCACCCCGAACGGGGCGCCGCCACUGCUCGGGCCAAUGUCGACGCUCGGCGUUGGUCACCAGCAGCAGCAGCAGCACGCCAUUCCAGGCAAGUGCCGCUGUGACAAAAUUCCUUAAUUUUGAAUGUUCUGU